AAGCAAACCUGUAACAGUUUCAACAAAACAAAAACCCACCCCAACACCAACUAUGAUUGUGUUUGGCCAAAGAGUUACCACCACUUCAUCUACAACAGCCGCUACAGAAGCGGAAACAUCUACGGCUCCACAAAAACUACAAACAUUUCAAGCAGUAAAUGGCAAUAUCGUGGAAGAAUCUACGUUAGCCCCGACUAAAGGUCCAACAGUUUCAUCUAUUAAACCGAUUACAUCAAAACCAACAACUCAUAGUAAACCUACAGCUGUUUCUAGACCCGCAACUUCGAAACCUUCUGGAAAACCCACUUCCAGUACUGGAACAACGAAUGUUAAGCCGAAGCCUUCUGUGAAACCAACAGGUACAAGUUCUACAAAAAAACCAACAAGAAAACCGGCAGAAACAACCACCAAAGCCAGUAAACCAGUAGUCACCUCCAAACGGCCACAAUCGACUUCUACGACGAAAGUAACUAAAAAACCAGCUAUCACUACACCUAAACCAACGAAAGCAUCAACAACUGUCAAAUCUCCGACAGCGCAGAAAAACAGUACAACAAAACCAAUUCAAACCAGUCCAACGAAGCCAACGAAAGGAACGACUGCAACCCCUAAACCAUCAACCUCAAUCAAAGUAUCCACCAAUUCUCCAACGAAAUUACCUGGUAGUAGUACCACUCAAGUACCUUCCAAAGUACCAAUUUCAACAACCAAAACACCAGUUACAACAACCACGCAGUCCAAUGAAGUUCAGUUGGAGAAAAUUAACUCAACAUCCACUUUACAGACGGUCAUUGGUAAUACCUCUACCAACGAAAUUGAACAAGGAAAACCAGUAGAUGAAGUGACGAACAAGCCAGGUUUAGUAACUUGGACCAUAGUUGAUGACAAAAACCAGUCGUCUUCGACGCAGUUACCUGAAGUGAAUAGUACAACAGAAG